AUGGCUACAGGAGGUGGAAAAGAAGCGACUGCACAGCGUAUAUUACGCAUUACAGAUAUUGACCAGGAGCCGCUUGAAUUUAUUACACCUAUUGGUGGCUAUGAAGAAAUGCCACUUGUUUCACUUGAACAAGCUGUCCAACCGCUUGUCCCUAUUCUACCAGCUGUUCAAAGUCACGCAUAUGUUGCCAAACAGCGAUGUGAAGACGAAGUACUUCUUAUGGCUGCAACUCAAUUCAAAGUAGUCAGUUGUCUUAAUCAAGGUAAUCUCCAUAUUAUUCAAUUGGAAGAAACUAGCCCACCAUUUCCACUCUUACAACCAGUAACAGUUGUUGUUUCACCACCAAUCAAUCCAACUCUCCCAAGUAAGUAA